AUGUCUAAAAUAUUUACUCCUACUAAUCAAAUACGUUUAACAAAUGUCGCUAUUGUAAGGUUGAAAAAAGGUGGAAAGAGAUUCGAAAUUGCGUGUUAUAGAAACAAGGUUUUAUCAUGGAGAAAUAAGUUAGAAAAGGAUAUAGAUGAGGUGCUGCAAACACAUACAGUGUUUACAAAUGUGUCUAAAGGGCAAGUAGCAAAAAAGGAAGAUUUAAUUCAAAAUUUCGGUAAAGAUAACCACACAGAAAUUUGUAAAGAAAUUUUGGAAAAGGGGGAACUUCAAGUAACAGAUAAAGAGCGACAUUCUCAAAUAGAUUCUUUAUUUAAAGAUAUUGCAACAACGGUUGCUGACAAAUGUGUUAAUCCUGAAACAAAAAGGCCAUAUCCUGUAUCUAUAAUUGAAAAAGCAAUGAAGGAUAUACACUUUUCAGUUAAUGUUAACAGGAGUGCAAAACAACAAGCACUUGAUGUUAUUCAAAUGAUCAAAAAAGAAAUCCCUCUUGAAAGAGCACAAAUGCGAGUAAGAAUUUCACUUAGUGGUAAAGAUGCACGAAAAGUUAGAGAUAAAGCCAUUAAACUUGCAACGAGUGUUGAAGAAGAAAAUUGGGAAUCUGGUACUGCAAAUAUCAUUUGUUUAAUAGAUCCAGGUAGUUUCAGACAUUUAGAUGAGAUGAUACGAGCUGAUUCAAAAGCCCAUGGACAAUUUGAAUUACUGAAUUUGAAAGAAAUGGUUGAAGGUGAACAAGCUUUAUAA